ACCGUGGUGGCAUAUUUAAGAAGCGAAAACGAAUAAUAACCAGGAAAACCAAGAGAGGAAGAACAAGAAGGCAAAUACAAAGAGUUCCUAACAGUGUUUUUGGUGUCAACUCAAUUCUCAAUAAUCAGUUUUCUUUUUCCCAUGAAGCGUAAGGAUAUCGAUGAUGAUUUCUCUUUCCUUCCACGCUCCACAAAAUCUAGGAGACUGUUAUGCUUACUUCAUCGCCCUCUCUUCUGGCAAAGACAAAUUUAUGAUUCCUCUGGGCUUUAUAUAUUGUAAAGGGUGGUGGUGACUUGCUAUCAAUCAUGGAGGAGGAUCCAAGUACUAGGGUUCCUCUGCGACUAGAACAUCAAGAGAGGCCCCUUGCAACCACUACCAACAAUACCCAAUCAAAUGCCUCCUUUGUUGAUACAAUGCCUUCAUCCCAAGUGAACGCCAUCCUGCUCUAUAAUUCGUCCAACACCCCGUUUCUAAAAUCUCCUACUUCAACAGACUUCUCCAUCGUCAUUGAUUCUGCCUUAUAUCCAGGUUUAAAGGAUCGUUUACUUUAUCCAGGAGAUUCAUGGGCAGUGAAAUCAAUGGAGGAUAAAGCAAUGGAUAAUGGAAGCAGCAGCGGACCAAAUGACCGCUUGGCUGUUGUUCCCUGGGUUGCACCUCAACUUGCAUUAGCCUCUGGAACAGAGACAGAAAUCACUGCCCCCUUGCAGCCAACGGAAGCAGAAGAUACGGACAGUGAAAUGAUGGAUGCAGAAGAGAGCGGUGUUAGUAACUUUGCAGGGAAAGGUUUUCGGGAUGGUGAAAUGGUGGAAGGAACUGAAGCAUUUCAGCUGCGGCAGCAGCAGCAGCAGCAGCAACAGCACUGUUUGAUGCCACAGUUCCCUCAGAACAUGAAUACUCCAGUUACUUGGUAACAAAUUGGUUGAGUUGCCUUAACGCUUGGAUUUGGUAAUCUUGAUUUGUCCUUCCAAAGGUAGUUGGUACAUAUAGAAUAGAAGACAUGGGCACUGAAUACCUCUGAACAGAUUUAGAUGAUAACACUAGUUUAUCAGAGAGAAACUUGUGUAGAAUUCUUGUAGGAUGAGUUUGUUCGAUCAACAUAAUUGCCUGUACCAGCAUUCAGCAGUAUGUUAUCUUGCUAAGGUUCUGGCGCGGGGAAAUGUUGAUUUCUAACAUUUAUUACUCAAUUCCCACAAAUGAUAUUUGAAAGCAACUUGAAACUUUGGGGACCCUGUCCCUGGUGGAGGUAAA